UAGUAUAUGUAUAUGAAAUGAUUUGAUGACAUCCUCCUUUGUGGAAAAAGGGUGAGGUUGUUACAAAGAAUAAUAAUAUCUCAUCUCAUCUAAUGGUUCUUUCUUUGUUUCUCUUUCGUCAUAUGAAAAAAUGAACGGACCAGAUGAUUUCUCCAUGGAAUAAGCAAGCAAGCUACUACUGUUGCUCAACAACUUGUGUUCAGUUCACACACACACACACACGACACGAGGAAUCUCUCUCCAACUGUUCCCCAUCAUUCCCACACCCAUAAUUCUCUUCUGUUUUUAAGAAGCUUGAUGUUAUGGGGAAUAUACUCGGUCCCAAUAAUACAAAGGCUACUAGGAGGAGUGGUCCAAGUGAGGUUUUGCCCGGUGAAGCUUGCAAGAGGCAGAGGUUGUUGUCAACUUCUUAUGAGGAUAACUCAAGACUGAUUCCUUCACUUCCAGAUGAGAUAUCGUUUCAGAUUCUAGCUAGGGUUCCUCGCAUUUGUUAUCUGAAUCUCAAGUCGGUUUCUCGAGCUUGGAAAACGGCCCUUGUGAGUUCGGAACUAUUUUGUUUGAGAAAAGAACUUGGAACAUCAGAGGAGUGGUUAUAUAUAUUAACCAAACUCAAUAAUGAUAAAUUUUUAUGGUAUGCCUUAGACCCUCUUUCUGGUAGAUGGCAAAGGUUACCUCCAAUGCCAAAUGUUUUCCCUGAAGAUGAAGCGAAAAAGGGUUUGGCUGCCUUUCCCUGUCGAAUGUGGAGCAUGUUGGGUUCAAGUAUCAGAAUUGCUGAUGUUAUCAUGAGCUGGCUUGGAAGGAAAGAUGCUUUAGAUCGGAUGCCGUUCUGUGGUUGCUCCGUUGGGGCUGUUGAUGGUUGCAUCUAUGCUUUAGGAGGAUUUUCUAAAGCUUCUGCUAUGAAAUCUGUUUGGCGGUACAAUCCUGUUAAAAACUCUUGGAGUGAUGUUAGUCCAAUGUCUGUUGGCAGAGCGUACAGCAAGACAGGUAUAUUGAACAAUAAGCUUUAUGUUGUUGGAGGGGUUACUAGGGGUCGUGGUGGAUUGAAUCCCCUUCAAUCUGCAGAAGUAUAUGAUCCACACACCGGUACGUGGUCCCAAUUACCGAACAUGCCUUUUGCAAAAGCUCAGGUGCUGCCAACUGCUUUUCUGGCGGACUUGCUCAAGCCUAUUGCCACGGGAAUGACUUCAUACAGGGGAAGGUUGUUUGUUCCUCAGAGUUUGUAUUGUUGGCCAUUUUUUGUUGAUGUUGGGGGAGAAGUUUAUGAUCCUGAUAUUAAUUCUUGGCUUGAAAUGCCCGUUGGUAUGGGUGAAGGUUGGCCCGCAAGGCAAGCUGGAACAAAAUUGAGUGUUAUUGUCAAUAAUGAUCUGUAUGCACUAGAUCCUUCGAGUUCUCUUGACUCUGCAAAGAUUAAGGUAUAUGAUGAGGAAGGUGAUACUUGGAAAGUUGUUGCAGGAGAUGUUCCUCUUCAAGAUUUUGCUGAUUCAGAAUCUCCUUAUCUUUUAGCUAGUUUACUUGGUAAACUCCAUGUGAUUACUAAAGAUGCCGAUCACAACAUUGCAGUGUUGCAGGCUGACAUGCACAGUGAUUUAGCUUCCUCCCAGUCGUCGUCGUCAUCACCAGAUAGCUCAUUCAGUGAACUUGCUGAAUCAUCAGCUGAAUCAGAGACAGAAAUUUGGAGGGUUUUUGCCUCGAGAAGUGGUAGAUCUGCUGAGCUAGUUAGCUGUCAAUCCCUUCAAGUUUGAUUAUUUGGAGCUAGAAUCCUCUUGUGGUUCUGAUUUCAGAUCAUUAUGCCAGUAUUGGCUGGUAUCUGCGUGAUCAAUCCAUUAGAUGUAAUUUCACAUUUACUCAUACACAGACAAAUCAAAAUUUUACAAAUUAAGAAUAACAAAACAUGGUACAUAAUAUCUGAAUAUUUUUCUAAAUAUUUCGUACAUUUUACAUUGACUUCAUACAAAUGUGUUUGGUCUUGUACCAAUGUGACAGGAACUAUCUUCAUUAAAUGGAUGUUCAAUUUAUUCUGUUA